AUGCAUGAAUAUAUUUUUGCACAAUUUUUACAUGAAAGUAUUUCUAAUCAAUUGAUUGAUAUGAGACGUAAAAAGCACAAUAGUGAUUCAGAAACUGAGUGUAAUGGAGUUCCACUGAAUUAUUUGGACAUUCUUAAACCAACAUUAACAGAGAAACGAGUACAAUUUAAUUUAAAUAUACCAUGUUCAAUUACUCCGAAGGGUUAUGCAAAGCUGCAUGAAAAAUUAACUUCACCAUGCAUCCCUCAUUCUAAGGGAAAAGCGGAUUCCAUGGCUGAUCGUGUAUACAGACAAAUAUUUCUCUAUUGUACAAACAGUUUGAAUGAUUUUACUCAUUCUUCGAAAAGUGAAACAACAUAUGCAAGUCCUACUGCGAUGAGGAAAUUAAAAAUUAGUCAGUAUGAAAUCAUUUCAGCGAAAAUGGUAGAAGCACAAGGACUUUAUCAAGAUCCUGAGUUUCCCGCAAACGAUGCUUCAAUUGGAAACAUGCCACAUGUCUCGGGCAGAGUAGAGUGGAAAAGACCCAAAGAUAUCAAUCCUCUUGCUGCUUUUUGUACAAAAUCCUAUUCUCGUUUUGAUGUUGAUCAAGGUGCUCUUGGUGACUGUUGGUUCGCUUCGGUUAUGGCUACAGUUACGAAAUAUCCUGCAUUGAUGAGUAACAUUAUACCACCAAAUCAAACUUUCAAAGGUUCAGGUUAUACAGGAGCAUUUGUGUUCAAUUUUUGGCGUUUUGGAGAGUGGGUGGAAGUUGUAGUUGAUGAUCGAAUACCAGUUGUUAAGGGAACAUGUAAUCCAGUAUUCAUUCAUUCAACGGAUAAUAGUGAGUUUUGGUCAUGCCUACUGGAAAAAGCAUAUGCAAAAUUAUGCGGUAGCUAUGCACAUCUAACUGGUGGAUUUCAAAGUGAAGCAAUGGAGGACUUUACUGGUGGAAUAUGUACUACUCUUAUUUUGAAUAAAAAAGAACGCCCACCAAACUUAUUAAAAAUGAUGGAACACUACACAAAAACAUGUUGUGUAAUGGGUGCUGAUGUUGGUGGAGAUAAAAAUAAAAGACGCGAAGAACUGGGACUGAUUGGUUCUCACGCUUAUAGUGUAACUGGGGUUGGAAAAGUUAAUUAUAUGGGUAAAGAUGUACAUUUAGUACGUUGUCGUAAUCCUUGGGGAGAAAGACAUGAAUGGAAAGGACCUUGGUCAGAUAAUUCACCUGAAUGGAAAGAUGUUAAAUCUAAAGAUAAAAGAGCAUUACAAUAUAAACCAAAAGAAGAUGGAGAAUUCUGGAUGUCGUUCCAAGAUUUUGAAGACUAUUUCAGUCUACUUGAAAUAUGUCAUUUUGGAUACUCAAGUUUAGACUGUAAAGAUGAAAUCGACAAAAAGAAAAGAUGUGAAGAAAUAUGUUUUCUUGGUGAAUGGGUUGCAAAUGUGAAUGCUGGGGGAUCACGUGACUACCCAGAAUCGUUCUGUACAAAUCCACAGUAUUUAUUUACAAUUGGAACUGAUAAUAGUGGUAAAGUUGGUAAAGCACAUAUCAUCGUAGGAGUUAUGCAGGAACACAGAAGAUUUUUAUAUGGCGCAGAUUAUUUGGCUAUAGGUUUUUCAAUAUAUGAAGUAUCUGAACUACAAAAUACAUGUCUCACACCAGAAGAAUUAUUAUGCCGUAAACCAUUGUUAACAUCAGACUAUAUUCCAAGACGUGAAGUAACAUUAGAAGCUGACCUUUUUCCUGGAACAUUUAUCUUAAUACCAUCAACAUAUAAUUCAAAUCAAGAAGCCCGAUAUAUUUGUCGAGUAUUCUCCACAGUAAAAAUGAAACAAUUAGAACUGGAUGAGGAGAAUUCCUACGAAGGCUUUCCAAAGUCAACAAUGGAUGCUCUUCAAAGUAUGAUGUUAAAGGAACUUGCUUCGUUGGAAUUAAAUUUUAAGCAGUUGUGUAAUCCAGUCACCGAAAAAAUCAAUUCUAGAAUAUUAGGUACAAUUCUAGAUCAAAGUAAUUUUGGAGAAUAUAUGGAUGGUUUUACUGAAUUUCCCAGUAACUUGUGUAGUAGUUUAAUAUCUUCAGCAUCCACAAACUUGACGGGUCAAAUUGACUUAGAAGAGUACCUAUACCUCUUGAUUGAUCUUAAGGGAUGGACGCUUACUUUUAGUAAAUAUGAUGAUCGGAAAGGAUGUGUGAGUUGGUAUAAAUUCCGUGAAUUAUUGAAAAGUUCAGGUUACAAAGUCAGUAAUCGAGUUUUCAGUGUUUUGGCACAUCGACAUAUAGAUCACAAACGGGGUCAUAUUAGCUUUGAAAGCUAUCUGCAUUGUAUGGCAAACCUUAAAUUUGCCUUUGAUGUCACCUCGUACCAUCCAAAAAGCGAUAAGAAUAUUCUAAUGUUUAAUAAAGAAGAUUAUCUACGUCUAUCUCUUUCUACAUAA